CGUGGGGGUGGGGUUUAGAGAUUUUGAGGUGAAAUUUGGAGAUUUUGAUGUGAAAUUUGGAGAUUUUGGGGUGAAAUUUGGAGAUUUUGAGGUGAAAUUUGACGAUUUUUUGAGGGGGUGGUGGGCACGGAGAGAGCGCAUCCCCAUCCCCCUGAUGGAUUACAUCCUCAACGUGAUGAAGUUUGUGGAGUCGAUCCUGAGCAACAACACGACGGACGACCACUGCCAGGAGUUCGUGGCGCAGCGCGGCCUGCGCCCGCUCGUCACCAUCCUGGGGCUGCCCAACCUGCCCGUCGACUUCCCCACCUCGGCCGCCUGCCAGGCCGUGGCCGGCGUCUGCAAGUCCAUCCUGACGCUGUCGCACGAGGCGCGCGUGCUGCAGGAGGCGCUGCUGCAGCUGGAGGCGGUGCUGGGCGCGCUCGAGCCGCUGCACCGGCCAAUCGAGGCGCCGGGAGGGUCCGUGCUGCUGCGCGAGCUGGGCGGGGCGGGGCCGCUGCCGGACGCCACGCUGUCGGCGCAGGCCACGCCCCUGCUGCACGCGCUCACCGCCGCGCACGCCUACAUCAUGAUGUUCGUGCACACGUGCCGCGUCGGGCAGAGCGAGAUCCGCGCCAUCUCGGUGAACCAGUGGGGGUCGCAGCUGGGGCUGAGCGUGCUGGGCAAGCUGAGCCAGCUCUACUGCUCGCUGGUCUGGGAGAGCACGGUGCUGCUGUCCCUCUGCACCCCAAACAGCCUCCCCCCCGGCUGUGAAUUCGGCCAGGCCGACAUGCAGAAGCUGGUGCCCAAGGAGGAGAAAGCGGCUCCCAGCCCCCCCCAGGGGGGAAAACGGGCCGAGGGUGAAGCGGAAGGUUCCAUGGCCGGGGGGGCGGCGGGGGGGGUGAGUGACCCCCCCCCGGCGCAGGGGGGGCUGCUGGAGGGGAUGGGGCUGGAGGGGGAGCCCUUGGCCCCCAUGGAGACGGACGAACCCGGCGGCGCCGACCCCAAGGUCAAGGCCAAGAUCAGCCCGGCCAUGGCCGCCCGCAUCAAACAGAUCAAACCACUGCUGUCCGCCUCGUCGCGGCUGGGCCGGGCGCUGGCCGAGCUCUUUGGGCUGCUGGUGAAGCUGUGCGUGGGCUCCCCGGUGCGGCAGCGCCGCAGCCACCACGCGCCCGCCGCCGCCCCCGCCCCCAGCGCCGCCGCCCGCGCCACGGCCUCCGCCCUCACCAAGCUGCUCACCAAGGGGCUCAGCUGGCAGCCCCCCCCCUACACCCCCACGCCCCGCUUCCGGCUGACGUUCUUCAUCUGCUCGGUGGGCUUCACGUCCCCCAUGCUGUUCGACGAGCGCAAGUUCCCCUAUCACCUCAUGCUGCAGAAGUUCCUCUUCGGCGGACACAACGCCCUGUUCGAGACGUUCAACUGGGCGCUGUCCAUGGGGGGGAAGGUGCCGGUGGCCGAGGGGCUGGAGCACCCGGAGCUGCCGGACGGGACGGGCGAGUUCCUGGACGCGUGGCUGAUGCUGGUGGAGAAGAUGGUGAACCCCAGCACCGUGCUGGACUCGCCCCACGCGCUGCCCCACAAGCCGCCCGCGCCCGGCCAGCCCCACUUCAGCGCCCUGCGCUUCCUCGUCGUCACCCAGAAGGCGGCCUUCACGUGCAUCAAGCAGCUGUGGAACCGGCGCCCGCUGAAGGUGUACGGGGGCCGCAUGGCCGAGUCCAUGCUGGCCAUCCUGUGCCACAUCCUGCGCGGGGAGCCGCUGGUGCGGCAGCGCCUGGGCCGCGAGCGCGAGGGCGCCCGGCCCAGCGACGACGAGCCGGGGGGCGCCGACGAGGGGGGACCCCGCCGGGAGCCCCAGGUCAACCAGCAGCAGCUGCAGCAGCUGAUGGACAUGGGCUUCAGUCGGGAACACGCCAUGGAGGCUCUGCUCAACACCAACACCAUGGAACAGGCCACCGAAUACCUGCUCACCCACCCGCCCCCCCUCAUGGGGGGGGUCGUCCGGGACCUGAGCAUGUCGGAGGAGGAUCAGAUGAUGCGCGCCAUCGCCAUCCUGGGCCAGGACAUCCCCAUGGACCAGCGCGCCGAGUCCCCCGAGGAAGCCGCCUGCCGCAAGGAGGAGGAGGAACGUCGCGCCCGCGAGCGCCAGGAGGAGGAAGAAGCCAAGUGCCUGGAGAAGUUCGAGGGGGCCGAGCCGCUGGAGGCCUCGGAGCUGCUGGCGUUCACCGACUCCAUGCUGCCCGGCUGCUCGCAGCUGCUGGACGAGCUGCCCGACACCGUCUACCGCGUCUGCGACCUCAUCAUGACGGCGGUCAAGCGCAACGGCGCCGCCUACCGCGACUCGGUGCUGCGCCAGGUGGUCAAGCAGGUGUGGGACGCGGCGGACGUGCUGAUCAAGGCAGCGCUGCCCCUCACCACCAGCGACACCAAGACCGUGUCCGAGUGGAUCAGCCAGAUGGCCACGCUGCCCCAGGCCUCCAACCUGGCCACUCGCAUCCUCCUGCUCACCCUCCUCUUCGAGGAGCUGAAGCUGCCGUGUGCGCGGGUGGUGGAAUCCAGCUGCGUCCUGGACGUCCUCAUCAAGCUCCUGGAGGUGGUUCAGCCCUGUCUCCAGGCUGCCAAAGAGCACAAGGAGGUGCAGACCCCCAAGUGGAUCACGCCGGUUUUGCUGCUCAUUGAUUUUUACGAGAAAACGGCCGUGUCGUCCAAGCGGAGGGCGCAGAUGAAUAAGUAUCUCCAGUUUGGUGGCAACACGUGGCGCUGGUUCGACGACCGCUCCGGGCGCUGGUGCAGCUACAGCGCCAGCAACAACAGCACCAUCGACGCCGCCUGGCGCGGGGGCGAGCCCAGCGUGCGCUUCACCGCCGGCCGCCGCCGCUACACCGUCCAGUUCACCACCAUGGUGCAGGUGAACGAGGAGACGGGGAACCGGCGGCCGGUGAUGCUGACACUGCUGCGCCCCCCCCGAGCGGGAAAAGGGGGGGGGACAACAGGAGGGGACAGCGAGGACGGGAGGGACACGGAGGGACGGGGCAAAGAGGAGCCCCCUGCCCCAGACCCCCCACCGGACGACGACGCCUCGGCCGCCCCUUCGUCCCCAUCUCCCUUCUCCCCCUCCCAAGAAGACCCCACGUCGUGGGAGGGUCCCGACACCCCCCCGGUGCGCGGUUUGGCCGAGGAAUCCAUCCCCACCAUCCUGCGCGCCUGCGUGAGCAUGCUGGGGGUGCCGGUGGACCCCGACACGCUGCACGCCGCCCUGCGGCUGUGCCUGCGGCUGACGCGGCAGCACCAGCACGCGCUGCUGCUGGCCGAGCUGCGCAGCACCCGCACCAUCCUGGGGCUCAGCCAGAGCUCGGCCUUCACCGGCUUCCUCCCGCUGCUCACCCUCCUCUUCCGGCACAUCAUCGAGGAGCCCUGCACCCUGCGGCACACCAUGGAGAAGGUGGUGCGUUCGGCGGCCACCAGCGGGGCGGGCAGCACCACGUCGGGGGUGGUUUCGGGGAGUCUGGGGUCCCGCGAGAUCAACUACAUCCUGCGGGUGCUGGGCCCCGCCGCCUGCCGCAGCCCCCAGCUCUUCACCGAGGUGGCCACGGCCUGCGUGCGCAUCGCCCUGCCCGCCCCCCGCGGCUCCGGCACCGCGUCGGACGAGGAGUUUGAGAACCUGCGCAUCAAGGGCCCCAACGCGGUGCAGCUGGUGAAGACGACGCCGGUGAAGCCGUCGCCGCUGCCCCCCAUCCCCGACCCCAUCAAGGACGUGAUCUACGACAUGCUCAACGCUCUGGCCGCCUACCACGCCCCCCCCGAUGAGGGUGACAAGGGGGACCCCAAAACCACCGCCCCCCCCGAGGUGAGCCAGCUCCUGUCCGACAUCGGGGACGACAUGUACCAGCAGUACCGCAGCCUCACGCGGCCGCCCCCUGACUUCGACCCCCCCGCCGGCUUCGCCAUCAACGUCCGUGGGGGUUUUGGGACCCAGGUUUUUGGUGCUGACGGAGCCACCGCAGAGACGCCACCCUCGGGGACCCCCCAGGGAGAAGGUGGCAGCCCCGGGGAGGGGCGGAAGGAGAAGGACGGGGAGCGUGGGGACGAGCGUCCCCGGGCCAAGGCCACCCGUCCCCUCCUCCCCACCUCCAGUAUCCUGCGCUUACUGGCCGAACUGGUGCGCUCCUACGUGGGCAUCGCCAGCCUCAUCGCCAACUACAGCUACUCCGUGGGACAGUCCGAGCUCAUCAAGGAGGACUGCAGCGUUCUGGCCUUCGUCCUGGACCACCUGCUGCCCCACACGGGGACCAGCGAGGACAAGGACACGCCGGCACUGGCCCGGCUCUUCCUGGCCAGCCUGGCGGCCGCUGGCUCCGGCACCGAUGCCCAGGUGGCCUUGGUCAACGAGGUGAAGGCGGCGCUGGGCCGCGCUCUGGCCAUGGCCGAGAGCACCGAGAAGCACGCCAGGCUCCAGGCCGUCAUGUGCAUCAUCAGCACCAUCAUGGAGUCCUGCCCGUCCACCUCCAGCUUCUACAGCAGCGCCACCAAACCCCAGCACAACGGCAUGAACAACAUCAUCCGCCUCUUCCUCAAGAAGGGCUUGGUCAACGACCUGGCCAGGGUGCCCCACAGCCUCGACCUCUCCAGCCCCAACAUGGCCAACACGGUGAACGCGGCGCUGAAGCCGCUGGAGACCUUGUCGCGCAUCGUCAACCAGCCCAGCGGCCUCUUCGGCUCCAAGGGCUCGUCCAGCAAGAGCAAAACCGAGGGGGCCGGGGGGGCCCGCGGGGGGGGCAGCGCGCCCCCCGAUGGAGGGGACCCCGGGGACCCCGAACCCCCCGAGGAAGACGCGGAAGCGGCGCAGGCGGAAGCGGCCGACGGUGACAUGGACGGCGAGGCCGAAGGUGACACCGUGGUGCUGGCGGGACAACCCGAGGGACUCAGCACCCAAGAGAUGCAGGUGGAAAACGAGCUGGAGGAUCUCAUCGACGAGCUGCUGGAGAGAGACGGCGCCAGCGGCAACAGCACCAUUAUCGUGAGUCGUUCGGGCGAGGACGAGUCGCAGGAGGAUGUUCUGAUGGACGAGGCGCCUUCCAACCUCAGCCAGGCUUCCACCCUCCAGGCCAACCGCGAAGACUCGAUGAACAUCCUGGAUCCCGAGGACGAGGAGGAGCACACGCAGGAGGAGGACAGCAGCGGCAGCAACGAGGACGAGGACGACAGCCAGGACGAGGAGGAGGAGGAGGAGGAGGAGGAUGAAGACGAUCAGGACGAUGAGGAGGGGGAGGAGGGCGAGGAGGAGGAGGAUGACGACGAAGGCUCGGAGAUGGAGCUGGACGAGGACUAUCCCGACAUGAACGCCUCCCCCCUCGUGCGCUUCGAGCGCUUCGACCGCGACGACGACCUCAUCAUCGAGUUCGACAACAUGUUCGCCAGCCCCGCCGACAUCCCGCCGUCGCCGGGGACCAUCCCCGCCAGCCACCCGCUGCUGGUGCGUCACGCCGAGCACGGGGGGGUGACGCUGGGGACAGGAGGCGCCACCCCCCGCCUGGCGCAGGGGCUGGGGGGGCGCAGCCAGCGCACCCUGCGCCAACUCACCGCCAACGCCGGCCACACCAUCCACGUGCACUACCCGGGGGCCCGCCAGCCAAACCCCCCCCUCAUCCUGCAGAGGCUGCUGGGCCCCUCGGCGGCCGCCGACAUCCUGCAGCUGAGCAGCAGCCUCCCCCUGCAGAGCCGGGGCCGGGCCCGGCUGCUGGUGGGGAACGAGGACGUUCACAUCAUCGCCCGCUCGGACGACGAGCUGCUGGACGAUUUCUUCCACGAGCAGGGGGGCGCCGGCAGCCAGGCGGGGACCCUCUCGUCCAUCCCCACCGCCCUGACGCGCUGGACCGAGGAGUGCAAGGUGCUGGAUGCCGAGAGCAUGCACGACUGCGUCUCGGGUGGGUGUCCCCAGCGUCCCCAACCUGUCCCCAGCUCCCCCCCACAAUGUCCCCAACCCCCCCACACAAU